AUGCGUUGGUUUUUCAUAAAGCUCAGGGAAGUAAUCGGAAAAGUCGAGGAUCUUGCAUUUGUCACCGAUCGGGGACAGUCCAUAAUAAAUGGUAUUGCUGAAGUGUUUCCUGAUACACAUCAUGGGUAUUGUAUGUACCAUAUACAAGGCAACUUGAAGCCCAGGUAUCGGGGCAAAGACAUUGUUUCAUUGUUUAGGAGAGUGACCGAAGCUUACAGUAUUGAAGAGUGUAAUAUGUACAUGGUUGAAAUAGGAAGCAAAUCAUUCCCGGUAUGGGACUAUCUAAAGAAAAUGGGGAUUGAACAUUGGGCGUGCUCAUAUUUUUUAGGACGUCGAUACAACAUGAUAACGUCAAACAACGUAGAGUCUCUCAAUGCAUUAUUUAAGAGGGAUCGAGAGUUAAUCAUUCUCGCACUGAUUGAUAAUAUCUGUACGAAGUUGCAGCAGUGGUUUCACGAUCGACGUGUGCAAUCAUAUAAUUGCACAAGCGUGCUAGCCCUAGCACAAGAGGUAAAGCUCUUCAAAGCUGGGAGAAAGUUAAAUGUCGAUCCACUAGACGAGUCGCGCUUCUCUGUGGAAUUUACAGUGGCUAUGUAUCGAGGAUUUGCAGCGAGAAUAUUGUGUUCUCCUUAUUACACUGCUGAAAAUUGGAGAGCUGUGUAUGUUGAAACUAUAUUUUCGCUUCCAAACGAAUUCGAGUGGGAAGUUCCUGAUCAUAUUUGCCCGUUCAAUAUAUUGUCACCACCUCUCAUAGAACCACGUGGUCCUGGACGUCCAAGUAUAUUUAGAAUACCAUCUACUGAAGAGUUUUCCCGACCGUGUAGGUGUAGCAGGUGCAAAUCAGUAGGACAUACUCGCCAAUUUUGUACAAAUCAAGUUCCCCUAAAUGACAGCUAG